UAUCCAACGAAACCAGUUACCAGUCUUCUCCUCCCAGCUCAAGUUAUGGAAGCCCCAGCUGUGCAUACAAUCCGACGUGGCGUUUCUCCUCCUCCAAAGUCCAAACGAUUUCCCGCUGGGAGAAACAGAAAACGAAUCUUGAAUCGUACUUAUCCUGGGAAUUAAAUUCUUCCCAACAUGGAUUAUUCAAUUCAUUCUCCAGACGGGAAUAAGUAGAUUCAAUCUCUCUUCGACCCUGCAACUUCUUAUUCUCAUCAAUUGUUGUUAAUGGCCAACGUGUGAAUCGCGUCGCUUCGGGAAUCCCAUUUCUCUCCUUCCACCGGUCACCACUCCGUCCUAUUUAAUUUCACCAUGCGUAUUUCCAAGAAACCCGUUUCCUUUUGCCUCUCCCUCUUCUCUCCCACUGUCUCUUCCCGGAUUCCACUUCACUCUGGAACACGAAAAGCAAUUCGCGCCGCAGGUGUUUCUUGGAGCGUAGCUUGGAUGAUUCCUAUAGUUGGAACUUAGCAUGGUGCACUUUGUGCUCUUUUUGAUUGACAACACAGUAUCAGGAGCAAGUCAAUUACAGGCCAGCCAUCCAAUGGACGAGAGCCACAGGACUUUCGUUGGUGAAAAAUCACCAAAUGUUCUUCAUAUGGCAAGCAGUGAUGGUGGCCAUAAACCAUUUAUAUGGUCAUCUUCUGGAGGACACAAUAUUGAUAUAGCAAAGCAUAUCUUUUGCAACAGAUCAUUAAAUAUGAAGAAUAUUGUAUCUGUCGGGUUUGAUAUGGAUUACACUUUGGCACAAUAUAAGCCUGAGACUUUUGAAUCACUUGCUUACAAAGGCACAAUUAAAAAUUUGGUCUACAAUUUGGGAUACCCCCAUGAGUUACUAGAUUGGUCAUUUGAUUGGAAGUACAUGGUGAGAGGCUUGGUACUUGAUAAAAGGAGAGGAAACAUCUUGAAGAUGGAUCGGCACAAGUAUGUGAAGGUAGCUUAUCAUGGGUUCAGGGAGCUGUCGAAGGAAGAAAAAGUUGGGACCUACGGGAAUACGUUGUUACGGGAUUCUUUUGAUGAGCCUGACUAUGCUCUCAUUGAUACCCUUUUUUCACUAGCUGAAGCCUACUUGUUUGCUCAACUGGUUGACUUCCAAGACAGAAAUCCUGGAAAAGUUUCAGAGCAUGUUGACUACGCUCAUAUGUACAAAGAUGUUCGUGCUGCAGUUGAUCUGUGUCACCGUGAUGGAACUUUAAAGCAAACGGUUGCAAAAGAUCCUGAACAAUAUAUAAACAAAGAUACCUCGAUAGUGCCGAUGCUCAAAAUGCUCAGAGAUUCCGGUCGUUCUACAUUCUUAGUGACAAAUAGUUUAUGGGACUAUACAAACAUUGUGAUGAACUUCCUCUGCGAAUCAUGUACAAUGAAAAGCAGUAACAGAAUGAAUUGUGACUGGCUUCAGUACUUUGAUGUCGUGAUCACCGGCAGUGCAAAGCCGGGCUUCUUCCAUGAGGACAAUCACGCAAAUUUGUUUGAAGUGGAACCCAAGUCUGGAAUGCUACUUAAUACUGAUAAUGGCUCUCCUAUGCCUCAGGUGGGAAGUGCUUCGCCAAGAUUAUCAUUGAAGGGGCUGAAUAAGAUGUGCAGAGUUUUCCAGGGAGGCAGUGUUGGCCAUCUGCAUAAACUUCUCUCAAUUGAGUCAAGUUCACAGGUUCUCUAUGUCGGGGAUCACAUAUAUGGAGAUAUUUUACGCAGCAAAAAGGUUCUUGGGUGGAGAACAAUGCUUGUUGUUCCAGAGCUUGAGAGAGAGGUUGAACUGCUUUGGAAAUUAAGGGAUACCCGCAAGGAACUGAGAUUGUUGCGGAAUCAGCGUGACUUCAUUGAAGAAAAAAUACAUCGUGUGAAGUGGUCUCUCAAGUUUGAAGAUGUCAAUGUUGAUGAGAAGCAUAAAAUGUCUAUUGCACUAGAUGAGUUGGAGUCUCAAAGGGAGCAAGUCCGAUCAGCUCAUCAACAGGCUCAAAGGGAAUGCCACCAAAAGUUUCAUAAAGUUUGGGGACAACUCAUGAAGACUGGUUAUCAGAACUCACGCUUUGCGCAUCAGGUUGAGAGAUUUGCCUGCCUUUACACUAGCCAAGUGUCCAACUUAAGCCUGUACUCCCCACACAAAUACUACAGACCAAGUGAAGAUUUUAUGCCCCAUGAAUUUGAUAUCAUUCCAAUUUGAAGCAUAUAUGUUCACGCUCUUACAAUUUGUUGUGUAGCCAUUUUCAUAGGAUG